AUGUGUGCGAAUUUCGACACGAGGCUUUGGUGGAGGGGCCACCAACGCACCAACAGUGUUUUGCUAUUAUUGCUGUUACUUUUGCAGCCAACGUUCAUACAAACUUUGCAUGAAAUGCUGCACGAGAAUAGUUUUGAUUAUUUAAGAAUUAAGCGCAACAACAAUUAUGCAAAUACAACGAUUAUGCCUGAACGCCAAGCAUCCAGUGAAGACAGUGGAGUGGUGCAUUACUUUCGGUUUCACGACUUUGAACCGCGUGCGCUGAGCAGCUACACUUGGAGCGCAACGACCAGCAGACCAACAGUGGAGGUGGAAAGAAAGUCAAUUAACAGUGAGGAAAGUGCUAAGGCGUUCGGCAAAACUGUACCAGAAGUGCGCAAGCCGCGUGGUAUACACUUUGAGGCGGACGGCAAGGAUCUUGCCAUCAAUCUGGAGUUUAUCAUACCGUUCCUGCGUGUACCGAUCGCGCGCAGUGUGCAAAUCACACAGGCGGCUUUUCGUAAAUUGGCCGAUUUGAAUUCGGAUACAUUGCUGCUCAGCAGUGGCUUCGCAAUUGUGGGUGCUAUUAUUGCGGUGGUUUUAAAAGCCGUGACCACGCCUACGCUAGUUGGGUAUGGUUAUAAAAAAGCCACGCGUGCUGCCGACUUCAUGGAUGACUUGAAUUUCGCCAGUUAUGCGCCGGCGGCCGAUCAGAGUGAUACAGUGACGAAAUCUAUUAUCAAGGGACACGAUAUGCUAAAUGCUUUGGAGCAUAAUCUAUAUGUAAACCAUAUGAAUGUGAGCGUUUGCGCUCAGCGCGCGAUCUGCAGUUAUGUGCAACAAGCCACCACAGGCGUACGCGCAGGAUUGGGUUCACCCACUGAUCGCAUAGUCGAUGGGCUCAUCAGUUUGGAUCUGCUGCAGAACUAUUUGAAUGGCACCGCUUUGCAAAAUGCUAUAGACACGGGUCGUGCGCACGCUGACACUAGCUGUGAGCUCAUGUAUCGCGACUGUGAAUGGCCGAAAUUGCAAAAUAAAGCUUGGGAAAUAGCAAAAAAGUUUCUGGUUAGAUAUUUUGGUAAACAGCUGUAGUGGUUUCAGUGACAACACAAUCGAGUUCUGUUUGUUGCGCUAUGCUUGUCCAAGUAAUGCUGAAAAGUUGAUGUAAUUUUUUUAUAAUCUUGAAAUAGUAUAAGAUUUUUAUACAUGUUCUUC